AUGCCGGAUAUCGACCCCGCGGCCCUGAGCCGCCCGUCAAUCACCCUCUCCACACCUCCCCUAUCGAAUAAAGCCAUCAUAGUCUCCGCGCCGGGCGCCCAGAAGAUUACGAAGACGAGCCAGAUCAUCCCGGCGAGAAUUGACCUCGAACCCCUCUAUACCGCCUUAAAAUCGGUUAUCCCUAGUGAACAAUGGCUUGUAUACAAGGAGUCUACAACCCAGUUCCUGAUAGGACGCUUGAACCAGGCUGAAUACUCCUCGAGAAUUGAUCCGAUCCUAGCCUCUCCGAACGGCGAAAAAGAACACCUCCACAACCAGCUCAUCGCAGCCAUCUACGGAAAUGUCACUAGGGAAAUGCCAGACCAGGGGCUCGCCCCCUGGGUGAGUGCUAAUGACAAACCGGCAACAGGGGUGACCGCGAAGCCGACGACGGGUGAUGCGAACGAGCGGCGCUUGAAGGGCGAGGUGAUGCAGCUGCUAAGCAGAGACCGCAGGCGUAUCAAGGACUUGGUAAACAACGACUUCGAUGCACAUGAGAGUUUAUCUGGGGUCUUUUCAGAAACAUACCGACGGCCUUCCAAGGUUAUCGAUGUACCACAAAGUGCCGCCGGCAUCAACAAUAUGAAUGUUGAUCUCGAGGUGCGGAAACGGUUCGCGCUACCUUUGGCCGUGGAAUCCGGAGAGUUCCCAGACGUCUCGGUUAUCGAAGGGCGCAUGCUGCCUUUUUGCUACGAGGCUGGGCUUGUCUCUGGUCAUUCCCCCGACGCCGCCCAACUAAUGCUAGUUGCGACGGAAACAUUCAUCAAAGACGUACUAUCUACUGUCUUUAGCCGGACAAGAAGUAACGCCCCAGGUGCGUCUGGAAGCACGGGCAUGGAUGUCGGCACCACUUGGAUCCAGACAAAUUCAUACAAGAAACAACUGGCCAUUGAGGAGGAUGCCUCUCGUAGGGGCGAAAUUACUAGGGACAAGGGCGGCCUUCUCCCAGUCGAAGCGAAAGCCGCCAGCGAGAGAGGUCCAUUGGGGCUUGCAGACAUGCAGCUGGCCAUGGAGCUAGCGGAUAUAGGCAUGGCAAACUUCCCCGUUAUCGCAACAUCCAUCACCUACGCGUAUCGCGAAGGAGAGCUAGAGAACUGGGACGACUAUACAUGGGUCGACGAGGAAUACAGCAAACUACCUCCGGCUGAAAUCGCUCGACUGCCAAGCAUCAAUGGCGGUGCGUCGGGCGACAUUCCCAAUGGCCAUGUCGAUGCGAUGGAUGUUGACACCGACGUAUGGUGGGAGGGAACGGACGCUCAAGACAUGAGCAGCCUCGACUCCGUCCUCGAUUCUUGCCUAGCUGUGGGAUACUAA